UGCGUUAAGACAGAGCCUUGAAAUGUUUUCUUGAUAUAAAGCUGCUGUUCUGUCAUGCUCGUCUAAAACAAACCAUGGAGUCGUCUCUGAUGUCUGUACAGACAGCCGCAAUCUUCCUCACACUUUUUUCUCAGUGUGUGAAUGGGAAGGACUGUGUGUGUGAGCUAAACAACUUGCAGGGGCCUUUCCCAACGGACAAACUCAACACCGUUUACAACGAUGCUUCACAGUGCUCUAAGAGCAUCAUCUCAACAGAGCUAACCGAGUUGGAUUCACUGAUGCUGGGACUGCAGCGACGGCUGGAGCAGCUGGAGGAGAGCUUGUCUGUGUUGGAGAAGGAGGAUGAUGGAGAUCUGUAUGGAGCCGUGUCACUGAGAAUUAUUGAGCUCGAACUCGCUGAGAUCCUGGAGCUUAUGGAAAAACUGAACAAUACCAUGACAUUCAACAUGGAGCUCAGUGAGUUAACGACAAACAAGCUGAAAAGCAUGAGCAAGAACAUGAAGGAGCUUGAGACAUACGAUAUUUCACAAGUGGUGAGCAAAGAGCGGGAAAAUCUCCGUAUGAAGAGAGCGUUAGCUGAGUGUCAGAAAGAGCUUGAAGCCACCCCUCCCCCUCCAACUCGUCGUCCAGGACACUGUCCACAAGGACAGUUCAUUAACAUGGAAGGCCCUAGGACUUACACCCUCAACCCAUACGGAACCUCGUACCCUUACGGAGCUUGGGGAAAAGAUCCAAAGCCUGCUCUAGGAAAGGAGGACAUGUACUGGCUGGUGGUUUUAACCAGCAGCAACGUUUAUGCCAACUAUAUUACACAUUAUAGCAGUUGGAGCACUCUAAUGGUAAAUGUGGGUCCAACAUACAGUUAUAUUUCUUCUUCAAACCCCACCACAAACACCAUUCAGGGGCCCAAUGUAGUGAUGUAUGGAGAUGCGCUAUACUACAACUGCUAUUAUACAGCCUCAGUGUGUCGCUUUAACGUUACUGAUAAGUCCGUCACCAAUACACCACUUCCAAAAACUGCCAGCUUCAAUAACAAGGCUCCUUUUGGUCACCUGGAUGCCGCGUACACCUACACGGACUUGGAUCUUGCUACGGAUGAGUCUGGUGUCUGGGUCAUCUACACAACAACGGAAAAUUUCGGCAACGUGGUCCUGAGCGAAGUGACUCAAGGAGUUCCUCCGUCCUUGGGCCGAACGUGGCAGACAUCACUGCACAAGCGCGCCGCCACCAACACCUUUAUGAUAUGUGGUGUGCUUUACGCUACACGCUUCGUGGACAAAGACAAAGAGGAAAUCUUCUACUCUUUCGACACAGUGACAAAGGAGGAGCGCUACGAUCUGAAGAUCCAAAUAAAAAAAACACAAACCAAUAUUCAGUAUCUGAAUUACAAUCCACGAGACAGAUUGCUGUAUGCCUUCAGCGACGCAUACAUGGUCACCUACGACACAGUCUACCAGUAAACAGUCAUAUAGAUCCUGGCCUAUUGCUUUUGUAAUAAAUAUAUAUCUGUAUGAAGAUG